CAACUUCCAGUACGCUUUUAUUUCCACUUCUGCUUUAGCAGCAUUGACACGCAACAGGAAAGAUGUCCUCUAUCUCCGUGCCUACACCGAAAUGUCUGCAAAGGCAACUGAAUGUUCCUCACCGGCACAUGUUUGGACCAGGACCUUCAAAUGUUCCCCCACGCAUCUUGAAGGCAGGAGCCAAUCCCAUCAUCGGACACAUGCAUCCAGAAUUAUUUGAGCUCAUGAAUGACAUCAAGAGCGGGAUCCAGUACAUGUUCCAGACCCAGAACAGAAUGACUCUUGCGGUGAGCGGCACGGGCCACUGUGCCAUGGAGUGUGCCAUCUUCAACGCUGUGGAGGCGGGAGACAGAGUGCUCAUGGCGGUGAACGGCAUAUGGGGGGAGCGGGCGGCUGACAUGGCAGAGAGGAUAGGAGCUGAGGUAAACACAAUUGUGGCGCCCCCUGGUGGAAUCUUCACGAGCACAGAAAUCGAGGAGGCCCUCUCCAGGCACAGACCGGUGCUGUUCUUCAUCACACACGGGGAGUCAUCCACAGGUGUGCUGCAUCCACUGGAUGGCAUCGGACAGCUGUGCCACAAAUACAACUGUUUACUUCUGGUGGAUUCCGUGGCUUCAAUUGGAGGAGCACCUCUGCGCAUGGACCAGCAGGAGAUAGACAUUCUGUACACCGGCUCUCAGAAAGUCCUGAAUGCCCCACCGGGUACAGCACCUAUCUCCUUCAGUGAGAGAGCCUGCCGGAAAAUAUUCAACCGGAAGACAAAGCCAGUGUCGUUUUUGUUGGACCUGAGCUGGCUUGCAAACUACUGGGGAUGUGACGACAAGCCGACACGAGUAUAUCACCACACUGCUCCAGUUUCUGCAUUCUAUUCUUUGAGAGAGAGUCUGGCGGUUCUCGUUGAGGAGGGUCUUGAAAAUUGCUGGGAAAGACAUGCAAAAGUGGCAGAGUAUUUCCACACCAACCUCGAGAGCAUGGGGCUGAAGCUUUAUGUCCAAGAGAAGAGAGCGCGGCUGCCCACAGUUACGACCAUAGUGGCUCCGCAUGGCUACGACUGGAAGGAAAUCACAGGCUACAUCAUGAAAAACCAUAAUCUGGAAAUCUCUGGUGGUCUCGGACCAUCAGCUGGUGUGGUGUUGCGUGUGGGACUGAUGGGAUGUAACAGUAGCAAAGCCAAUGUUGACAUGGUGCUGGCGGCAAUAAGAGAAGCCCUGAAAUACUGUCACAAGAGCAAAGUGUGACAGGGUUGAUUUUUAUUGCUGUUUCACAAUAGAAAAAAGUUCACUUUGAGUUCACUGAUUCUUAAUGGAAUUGAAAUAGCAAAUGGAAAUAUUGGGGACAGCUUGUCAAAAUAAAUUGUGUCACUAUUGCAUCAUAGUAUGAUCUAUAUUAAAUUAAAUCACAAUAUGUAUAUGCAUGGAAGAAGAAGAAUAUUCACUAAACAGACUACGUCAACAUAGAAAACAAUAUAUAAACACACUUUUAAAAGGUUGAACGGAUUAUUAUUAUUAUUAUUUGUAGUAGUAGUAGUAGUAGUAGUAGUUGCAGUAGUAUUAUUGUAUGGUGUUAGCACUGCCACUAUUUUUUUGACAAAACAUUUCAUUGCAGCACACAACCACACACAUCAAAAUUCUGUCCCAGCUCUACUGAUGGGUAAAUGAGGUUUCAUGACACGGUUUUGAAGGGUUGACGAGGUUUCAUGUGACAGUGUCCUGAUCUUCUGUGGCCACCAGAUGGCACUGUCCGUUGUAAAACAUGUGGACAUCUUGUUUGGGCGACGGUUGAUUCACAGAAUUUCAGCCGUGUCAGGGGAAAAUGUCAAAUGCCAGAGAGUCUAUCAUGAUCGCUGCACGUCACUUUCCGUGCUGCAGCACAAUUGGUAAUUCCUAAGUAGUUUAGUCAUGGUCGUUAUUGCAGAAUGUGGGAGAACAAGAUCAGCGCCAUACUAACAGAUCCAUGACAUAUUUGAACAUCUAUUGUCUGCUGUCAAGACUACAAUUGUAAUUCACUAAUUCAUUGUUGUAUUGGUCGUCCAGUGAUGUCAUGACUGAAAAAUAAAAACUAACUCCAACACAAACACAUGACUCAUGACGCACUGAUCACAAAGCUUUUUUAUUAUUAUUAAAAAAAAAAAAAAAAAAUUUCAUGAUGUUAGUUACUUACAGUGUGGAAUAAAAAUGUUUUUCACAGGUCUAAAUUAGUAUGGUAGUUUAAUUAUAGUUUGUUUCCAACACAACAAUCAAAGGGCAAUGAAUGAAUCAAAGGGAUUAAAGCUUGGGCAGUAGAUUCGAGCCAUUGUAAAAGUACAUAAUUAAUGUGAAUAACACGAACUUUCUAUGCAGUGCACCAUUUUAAAGAAAU